AUGCCUCGAUAUUUACUUUUUUUCGCUCAUGAACUGAUCGAAUUUCGUCUAUCUGAGUUAUUCAGCUUGGCUGAGAUGUUCGGUUUUCGUGAGAGUAUGAUUAUUGAAAGAAAGCCAGAUCAGGACCCAUUUUUGUUAUGCACAUUCUCCAAUAUCGAUCAUCUCAAAUUAUAUUCGUCACGAUCGGUUUUAUUAAAGUCGGCUUAUGAAUAUUGGACACAUGGAUCCUCAUUGAUAGAUGUUGCUGAUAAAUUGACAAUCAGCUCCGAUUGGCGUCCUCAAUUGCACGAAACAUGGAGAAUACUAGUUCAUGGAUUUCGUAAGCAAUUUACACAGCCGGAGAAAAUUCAACGGAUUGAUGCAUUUAGUGAUCGAUUAAAAAUAAAAAAUAAAUUUUGUUUAAAUAAUAAAGCUGAUUGUUCGGUUGGUCUUUUCGAAAGUUAUGAACAAGGGCUGAUUGAACAGCCAAAAGAAGUUUUUGUUGGCCGAUGGAUCUGCGAUGGAGCUCGUCAUUUAAUUGAUAAAUAUGACGUUCGAAAACGUUAUUUUAUCGGUAAUACAACAAUGGAUGCAACACUUUCGUUUGUUAUGGCAAAUAUGGGCCAAUGUCAACCGAAUCAUAUUACAUUGGAUCCUUUCUGUGGCACAGGUGGAAUUCUUCUGGCUUGUGCGGAACUCGGUAGUAAUGUUGUUGGUAGUGAAUUCGAUUGGCGUGUUUUAACAGCAAAAGCGAAACCAACGAAAGCUAAUACGAAAAAUCUUAGUCGUAAUCCUGAUGAAAUGAUGCAUCGAAAUUUUUCCGAUUAUGGUACACUAAACCGGUUUUUGGGUGUUGUUGGAGCUGAUUUUGCCUAUUCACCGUGGCGUCCAACAUUUCAGUUUGACUCUAUUGUUACCGAUCCACCUUACGGUAUUCGCGAAUCAUCACAACAUAAAAGUCGUCGUCGAACUGAUAAAGCAGAUGAUGAUGAGGAAAAUCCUGUCGCAGAAAAAUACGAUUUAACAAAUAUUUACGGUGAUCUAUUAAACUUUGCUAAUGUUUAUUUGUGCGUUGGUGGUCGAUUAGUUUUCUGGAUGCCAACACAUAUACUAACGUAUGAUGAAAGUUUAUUACCAACACAUCCAUGUUUUAUAUUAUUUUCAAAUGAUGAACAACAACUUAAUCGAACUGUAAGUCGACGAUUAUUAACAAUGAUUAAAAUACGUGAAAGUAACAAUAAUGAAAAAGCUCAAGUGAAUGAAAAAUUAUUUAGUAAUUUUCGUGAUCUUUAUUUUACACCAAAUACAAAAAUAUGGGAACAAUUGAAUAGUAACAAUGCUGAUACUGAUUCUUCUGCUGUUUCGAAAAAAGAAAAUUCGUGA